AUGCAGCUCGUCACAUCCCAUAUCCCAGAAUGUGGAUUUUGCUUCACUCGACGGGCCUUCAUCAGGGAACGUGAUGCCUUUGACAAAAGACAGCCUUCUGACCUGUCGACGACAUCUCCUGGAGGUACCAGGGGCUUUGGUACGCCGAUGCAUGUCGGGUGGGCAGUUCGGGAGCCUUCAGAUACCGAGAGACUCCAAGUCAAUCGGCACGGGUGGGAGAUCAUGUUUGUGCUGCGGCCGCAGGACGGUACAGUUACGGUUUCACGGCUUCGCGAAGAGCUUGGUCGUGUACUGUCGAUCACGGAUCUACGACGCAUACUCCUAACUAGUGGUCCUUAUAUUUGGGGACCGGAGUUCCAGGAAGAUGGGAAGGACUACUACAGCACCUAUUUUGUGCAUGAUCAUAUAGUGGAAUCCCGCAGCAUGAAGACACCCCGUGGUAGUGCCCUGAUGUAUGUCAUAGAGGUUGACGUAUAA